AUGAUUCAAGUUCUGUACAACUCUGACUUUCUUCAAAAUACAUCGUUCCAUGCCCUGCAAGCCAUUGUCAUCUCAACCGAGGCGGCUCAUAUCCUCGGUUUGAGUCAGCUCAACGCAACUUUAUUCAACGCUGCCGUCCGCAUCGCCGAAUGCCUCGGCGUCCACAAGAUUAAGGACCAUCCAACUUCAUCAGCGCAAACAGAAGAACAGUGGGCUGAGCGAGUGGAGCGCGAGGUCGGCAAGAGGGUCUGGUGUCAAAUGGUGAUCCAAGACCAUUUUGCCAUCCCUUUCACUGAUACAUACAGCAUCUCCCCAGCCCAUUUCUCCACAAGCGUUCCGCUGAAUGCAGAUGAUCAUGAUCUACUGGGAAUGCCAACAAAUAUUCCCACAGUCAGUUCAUUUGCCCGCGUUCUGGCGAAGCUAGCGGCUCUGAUGCCAGAGCUAGCCGAUGGACUGGGUCCGAUGCGACAACGAAAGCCACACCAGGAACAGUAUCUUCAUGUCAUGAGAAUUGAUCAGAAGAUGAAGGCUAUUGUGAAAGAUAUACCGUCAUUUCUACUCCGGCCGGAUAGGGAGAAAGACGCGCAAGUGCCAUGGUUACCAAUUGCUCGAAGAAGCUUUGCCAUUACAACAGCCGAGAAAAUCAUCAUGGUCCAUCGGCCUUUCCUUUUCCACGCUUUUGUUUCGCGGUUGUAUGGCUAUACAAGACGUACCUGCGUGGCAGCCGCAACAACAAUACUGCGCGAACACGCAAAGCUAACAGAAGACGAUAACCCUUCGAUUUGGACCCACACGGCAUUUUGCAUCACCGCAGCGGUUAUUCUCUGCUUUGAAUUGAAUGCAACCUCAGAUACUCCAACCACUACCACCGAAACCUACAAGGCAGCCAUCACUGCGGCUCGGUCUCGACUUGCGAUGCGGGAGGGCGAUGUGCUUGCUCACCGAGGCGUUGCGCUAAUUGAUACCAUUUUUUAUUCUGAAGAUUCAAGCCCAAAUACCGACAACUUGAUCGAUUUCAAUCGCGCCUGUGCACAAUUCUCGACUUUGACGCUGAAGUCGACUUCUGACGAGUUGCACCUUUAUGGGGUAUCGGGAGAUUCGGUCGAAGACAACAUUGAAACGUAUGAUCAUUUGAAUCUGGAAUCCGAUGUCGGUUUUGAAUUUGAUACCUGGUUCAACGGCAUUUUCCACGGUGUGGGAGGGUGA